GUUGGCGUGGCGCUGGGUUUCGGUAUUCCGCCCCUGAUUGUGCCCUCGCUGGAAUCCUAUGGUACGCCCAAUUCCACCCAGCAGGCGGAUAGCAUGUUUGCGGAUUUUAAACGUGGUUUCCAGUACCUUCUGUAUGGUGGGGCGAUCCUUAUCACCGUGGAUCUGCUGCUCGUUCUCAUAUUUUUUUGGGCUCUUUAUCUGUAUCGCAUGAUCCGAUAA